AUGCCGCUCCCGGCGACCGCCGCUGCGCCGGCUCUUCCGGCGGACACUCUCUCUACUCUCUUUCUCUCUCCUCAAGCGUUUUCAAAGUUAAACAACGUGUUCACUGCCCCUGCCGUAUUAGCCGCUCAGCCUGCAGACGGCGCGAGGAAUUCCUCCCCCGCUGCUCCCGGCGCCCGGCCGCCGCUCGCCGGCGCCGCGCUGACGCAAGCCGAGGCGAAGGACAUCUCCCGCGCCGAGGAAGCAUUCCAGGAGGCGCUGAAGGAACGCCUAGCUCUAUGGCGAGAGAGGUGUCUUCCCUUUCUUGGGUUGCUCAUUACCGAGGCUGCGCACACCGUUUCUUCGGGCGCUUCCGCGGCUUCCUCUUCACUUCCUUCCAAGCCGCCGAGCCAGUCUUCUCGCUCCGGAGUCCCUUUGUCUGCGUCGGCGGCAUCGUCCGGGUCGUCGCCUUGCUCGGACGCGGCUGCGCUGCCUGAGUCUUUUUUGGCGCCUUAUCUCUCUCGCUCCUUGACCUCGUUUUCAGUCCUGAGCGCGUCGUUUCUGCGACCCUCCGACGAGAAGAUAUCUGCCCUCUUUUUCGAGUUGUGCGUCGCCGUGGCGAGCGGCGGGCUCGCGUACACCAAGGCAACAGACCUUCUGUCGAAAAAACUCCUCCCACAUGCGCUUUUCCACUUCGUCCUCAUUGCCGCCGACCUCCGGAGAGCCGCGGCGCUGGCGCACCGUGCCGCGACGGCGACCAACGACGGCGAGAAGGUUGGAGCCGCGGUGCCUGCGGAAUGGUCAUCCGCUGAGCUCUCGGCUGCGGGCAGCACAUCUGCCAGCGGAGCUAGCGUAGAGGCUCAGGGAGACCGGCCGCCAGCGGCCUCGCUGGCAAAGGAGGAAACCAAAAAACCCGAGGAGACAUCGAAGGAGGAGAAGCCAAACAACGUCUCUUCCGCAGUCGAAGACGUCAAGUCUUCCAAGGACGGAGGCGAAGGGCGCCCGACGGCGGCGGCUCGAAGCCCGAUUCCUCCCGAAGUCGCGGCGAUUGAGGCGGCCAUUCGCAGAUGCUUCACGAAGGUCCCUUGUGCUGCAGAGACUGUGGACAUUCCAGCGGCGCUGGCGUUCAUUUCUGCGACGUUUUUCCCGGGUUCGGCCUCGAAGCCCGAGAGAAAGGGCCUCGGCGAAGCCUGGCAGAAGUUCGCUGCCGCCGCGGGGUCCUCCGUUUCGCUUCACACGGCAAACAACGUCUCUCUCCCUGCAUGCUCGCUGCAGUCUCUGCUGCCUCUGCCCUUUCGCGCGCUGCUUCUCGACGCAGUCACCGUGACGACAGAGAUGUGCGUCCACGCAGAUCCUGGGCGCGUGGAGUUCCGGCGAGCUCAAGUGAAUCUCGGAUCGUUUCUGCGCCUGCUGGAAGUCGAUCGCCUGGUGACGGCAGUGGACAUCUGCGCCUUCGGCAGCAGCAUUCGGCUGGACGAUCUGGCAUGGCCUCGACUCUCGCCUUCAGCGGGCGGCGGCCGCAAGCGUGUGCACGAGCUGCUCAUCAAGGAGCGGACCAAGCGGAAGUUCACUCUCACCGUCUACAACCUCUGCCGAGAAAACAUCGGACUCUACGCCAGACUCCACGCGACGCUCCUGGCCUACGUCGAGAGCCCGGUCCGAAUUUCUCCCCAUUUGUGUCUGAAGGCGGUUGCCGCGAUCGUGGGAGAGGGCAGCUUGUGCCCGAGCCGCACGCUCGCGACGAUCUUGGCAGUCUACGAGGAUCAUCUUUUCAGCCGAAACCAGCUGCUGCCGCUCGUCUCUCUCUUCUCCCCUGAGAAGCUGCGCGAAGUUCUUUUCUUCGAGCUCCAUCUCUACGCCGAGCUGCGCCGACAGCGAGACGCUGCAGAGGAGGAGGCAGCGCUGACCAUCGUUCAUCGGGGGACUUCAACUGGCGCCCUGACCAGCGGCAGCGCGAGCUCGUCUCAGGCAUCUUCGGCGUCGACGUUGGAGGAAAUGGGGAGCUUGGCGCGCCGAAUUCAGCUUCGUGCCGCAGAAGGCCCCUCUCGGAAUUUCUACCACAUGCUGGCUCUCUUUGUGAUGCGAGGAAUCAUUUCUCUGGAGGAGCUUUACCCGUACCUGCUCCCUGCGGAUGCCCUCCUCACCGCCCUCUUCUCGCGGACGCGCACGCGCUACGAGAAUGCUUUGAGUCAAGCGAAGGCGGGCGUCCUGCCGGCCUCACCGAAGCCUCAGCUCUCGAUCCAGGCGCAGUUCGACGAGGCGCUGCCUGCCCUCGCCGUCGCAUGUGGGGUGGGCGGCGACUCCGCGGGGGACAGAGGAGACACCCGCAGGGACGGGCCCGGCGGCGCCGCAGGGACGGGCCCCGGCGGAGCCCCAGGACAAGGCCCAGCAGGCGGAGGGCCCGGGCAAGCGUCUAUGGCGGGAGGCAUGAACUGCUUGCCGCAUCCGCCUCCGUCGUCGUCAGUGCCUCCCUUCGGCUACUACGGGCGUCCGCCGCUGCACUCGCCUUCGCCGGUGACCGCGCAGGGGCCCGGGGGCGUGGCGGGCUGGCCGUCGAGCCCCGGCGGGCUAGUGGGCAGCCCCGCGUCCUCGGGCUACGGAAAUUCGAUGUACGGAUACCACCAUCCUGGCUCGCUGCACCACGGGUCUUCAGCCUCCUUCUCGUCCUCCCGCUCCGGUGGAGGCCCUGCUGUCUCCGGCUCACUCUAUGGCGCACCCACAGGCACACCGGGCGCGCCGGGGGCCUUCCUCUCGAACUCGGGGUACGGCCCCGGCGGGGGCCUCGCGGGCCCGAACGGCGCGUCCUCCGCCAGCGAGCGCGACAAGGAAGCUAGGGAAAAGUUUGAGCGCGAGAAAGGGGCGCUCGAGAAGAAGCUGAUUGAAAAAGAAAAAGAGCUCCGCGACAGGGAUGCAGGCGACCCCGCCCUGAGCCUUCCGGGCGCCAGACACUACCUCCUCCACGAUGAGCAAGGCUUCAGAUUCGCGCUGGAAAAGAUCUACGGCAUGGAGAUCGGGAAAUUCAGUCUCCUUGCAGCCUUCUUCGACCUCAAUGGCGCGGCGUUCGCACACCAGCUUCUUCUUCACUUCACUGCGAAACUGCAUGCGAACCCGUCCUUAAAUGGGGCCGUCCAGAAGAGCCUCGCGGGAUACAUAAACUGGCUGCUGGCGCCGCUCCUGGCUCGGCGGCCCCAAGACUCUCUGGCGCUGUACCUGGCGAAGGUGCGCGUCACCCGCCGGGGGACCUCGUCGCCUUCGCCGCCAUCUGUCGCGACCGAGGAGAACGUGAGGCGUCUGCGCGUCCUCUGCAGAGACAGGCGAACCUGCGAUCUUUCGGUCUGCUCUCAGGAGCCCUACUGGGUGGGCUCAGCGUUGCGGAAGCAACGGGCCGAGGACGCGGAGGAGCUGAGACGCGAAGCUGCGCUCAAGGGUGCAGACGGCAAAGGGGAGGGGACCGAUCGCAGCGUCGUGAAGCACGAACGAGAGGCGGAAGGCGAAGGCACGGGCUCCGGAGAGGCGCGACCGCUGAAGCGAGUGAAGACCGAGCGAGCGGAGGGCCUGGAGGAGGCGAGGGACGGGCUUGCAGAGGAAGCGCCAGAGAGCAGCGAGGACGACGAGAGAUGCGUCGGGCUGAGACCCGCGCAGACCCACGAGGAGUUCUUCCUCCACGUUCUCCCGCUGCUGAGGUACUUGGGGCCUUCCCUCGCUCUCGAGGGCGACCUCUUCUGCAACGUCCUCUCUGUUCUGACCGGCGUCGCCGAAGCCGAGGCGCGAGAGCCGAACGCGCCAGGCGACACCGACCCCGCCCGCCGAUCGCAGCUGGACGACGUUUUGGUCGAGCUCGUGUUUCCCGCGCUCUCCCAAGUGCCCUACGGCGCCAGCGUCGUGAGCGCGAAAAUUUGGAAGAUUUUGCAGCUGAUGCCUGCCUCGCGGCGCUACACACUCUACACGCGGGUCAUGGAUGCCUGGGCCGCGGACGUAUCUCAUCCCUUGGCGCUGAACUACGAAGUCGUGCGCGUGAAGCUGCGCAAGCUGUUGAAGCGCUUGACGUCGACGAUUUUCGACGACCGGCUCAAGACGAAGGAGCGCAGUUUGCUCUCUGAGAUCACCGAUCUCUCGCGACUUGCGCCGUUCCCGGUAGCCGAGCUUUUCCUGCACCAGGCUGACCUCUUCGAUGACAACAUGGUGAAGACGCUCGCGGAGGCGGCGCGGGGACUCUCGCCGCUCGCUGCCGACGUCUUUCUGUCGCGCUUCAUUCAGCGGCAGCUCUGCAGAAACCCAGCUGAGGGCGGCGCCGGCGGACAGGGCGGAGGCAAAGCGAACGCUGAACUCUACGGUCCCCCCAAGAAACUCAACAACCGCGCGGCACUCACCGGGCGAUUCAUGAAAAUCCACCCCUCGACGGAUUUGCAGCCACUGUUGGUGGCGACGAUUCUGCGGCUGUGGCGGGACUUCGAUGCUUCGGAAGUCCUGAGCUCCGCGCCGGCAGGCCCUGACGAGGCGUGCGACAGCCUGAAGCGGGAAGACGCGACGCGGGAGGCGAGGGAGCAGCCCAAACUGGUUGGGGAGAAUGGGCACUACCCCUCGGACUUGCUGGGCUUCUGGCGAGACAAGGAAUACAUCGAAAAGCUCGUCGAACUCAUGGGCGAGUGCCCUAAACUCCCCGAAGCAGGCGCCCUGACUUCCGACCAAAUCUACGCACAGGGAGGAGGUCCGCUGCUGAAGGCGGAGGUCAUGCUGACGGGCGAGGAAGAGUCGCCUUUUCUCUCUGGUGACGACGAAGGCAGUGCGCUCGCAUGCGCCGACAGAGCGAAUACAGCCCCCGCGGCGCUGUGCGCUGCACUCAGCCGUCGCGACAUCUUUAUGCCUCUGCUGUUCAUCCUCGCGAAGCAGCGCGUGGAGGUCUUCUACGAUGCGGACUACACACGGUCGCUGCAGAGUUUCGGGUUCACGUUCGAUGACCUGCACACCUACCAGCUGCAGCUAGUUGACUUCUUCUCCCGCUCGCUGGCGCCCGCCUCCACCGCGGCUUCGCCCGUCUACGCUGCGCUGCUGCCGCCGGUGCGGCAGAUUUUUUCGCGCUUCGACCCCGCGACCGCCUGGACGGUGCUCCGACCGGGCCUCGCGGACUUUUUAGAGCCCACGCCCCUCGCGCCCAAGCCCAGGCCCGAAGGGACGCCCGACGAGAAGGCCACGCACGGUCCGGCAGACGCGCAGGGAGAGAAUGGAAAGGAACAGGAAGUCACUAAGGGCCGCGACGAGGCGCACGCAGACGAACCCGCGAUGCGGCUGACCUACUCGUGGCAGACCGAGGUCCGACCUAUCGUCGAGGAAUACCUACCGGAGAAGCUCCUCAAUGGCUUAUCCCUGGAUUUUUUUCUCCUUUUCUGGCGACUCUCCCUCAGUGACAUCUACGUCCCUGACCGCCAGUACGAGGCCUGUUUGGCUCGUCUCGACGCAGCAGCGAAGCAGAGUUCCAAGGCAUUGGAAGACCUCGACAAGCAGCGGCGCUUGACCUCCUCGACUGCGGCUGAACGGCAGCAGAAGCAAACGGAGGAGCGACUGAGGCGGCGGGUCGCUUUCCUCCAGCGCAAGCACAAGGCGCUGCAGGCUGAGUGGAAGGAGCACAAGCGCCGCUUUGACACAGUUCGCCGCGCCCUGCGGUCCUUCGAUUCACUCGACUGGUUUGGCCUGGCCCCCGUGCCUUCCUCUGCUUCCUCAUCCUCGACAGCUUCAUCGUCUUCUUCAACAGGCGAGAAGGCCGUCCCUGCUGCGGCUGCCGACACAGAAACGCGCACAGAGCGCGGACGCGAAGAGGGGGGCAGCGCGGAGACGCCGGCAGAGGUGGCGUUGGAGGCAGAGACAGGCGAGGCGGGCGCCUCUGAGCCCAAGUCAGAGGCCAGGCAGAGCGAGUCGUCGCCGGUUGACUCAGAGAUGAGUGAACUACAAGAAAAGAAGGCGGACGACGAGAGCGCCAGCACCAGCGGAGCGUCUUCCGCGUCUGCGCUAGGGGGCGUGUCUCGCGGGAAGAACGCGGGCAAGCCUGGCGCUGCCGCUGCGCCUGGAGUGAGAAAGGGCGGGCCUCUCGCCAUUCAGGCCUUCGUGAAGUACCUCUUGGCGCCGCGAAUGCUGAACUCCGAAGUCGACGCGCUCUUCUGCUCCCACUUUGUCACUCUUCUGCUCGACUUGAAAAUGCCGUUGUUCAACUACCUCGCCUUCACCAACACCUGGACGAAAAUGCUGACGCCUCUUGUCAGAUGCAGCACGGUGCGCGAGGCGCAGCUGCUCGGCCUCUUCGUGAACGAAGUGCUCUCGCCGCUCUCGCGCUGGCUGAAGAGCGAAAAGGCAUUCGAGGCCGAGGCUGGCGGAAACAGCUGCUUCGCCCGCACCUUCCGAGACAGCGGCAGCAUCCCUGCAGCCCAGCUCGAAAAGGGCGCCAAAAAGUGGGAGACGCGGAUCUUCGAAAGUCUCGUUCAAGGGCUGCCUGGCCCGACGGUCACGUCGGACUCCUCGGCCUCGCCGUCGCAGUGGAUGGGCGCGAAAGCAGUCGUCGUUUUCCUCUCGCGCUGUCAUGCGCACUUCCCCAUUACGCACAAGCGCGGCGUGGAGCUGAUGAGUCGGCUGGAGCACGCCGUCGAACUCGCUCAGGCCUGGGGCUGGAAGGACGUCAGCCUGUCGGCGAGCAGCAUUUUGAAGACGCUGGACAAGUACCGCCGCGAUCGGACGUGGUAUCAGGCGCCGACGGAGAGUGAGGAGAAGAUGGCCUCGCACUCGAGCGCAUCGACUGCGGUGAAGCCGCUGUCGGCGUCGUCGAGCGCUUUGCCUGCAAAGGGCGGCGCGAAGAACGCGCUCACCUCCCUGUCUCUGUCGAGCGGGGGUUCACAUGUCCACGCCUCGUCGCCGCUGUCUGCGGCGGCCGCCGCGCAGGCUGACAAGGCGUCGGGCUCGACUUCGGCAAAGAAGGACGCGGCUUCGGGCGGUGCCGAGAGCAAGGUAAACUCGACGCGGAGCCCCAGAGGCCCGACGAAAUCGCCCUCGACUGCGCGCGACGUGCCCUCCUCCUCCAACAAGGCCCCCGCCCAGGCUUCGCCGCCUGAGCGAUCGAAGUCGACUGCCGCGCCGUCCUCCUCCUCCUGUCUGUCUUCAGGGAAGGCUGCGGCGAGCUCUCCGCGCCCCAAGGCUUCCGCUGCGCCCGCGCCGGUCGCGUCCGCUGCGCGCCCGAAUCCGCGAGUCCCCGAGCCUCUCAGGAAGCCCGCCCCGAACGCCCAGUCGACGGAGGCGGAGACAGCCGCUCCCCCGGCUUCGGGCUCGACGCCUCCGGAGGGCAAGAAGGCCGGGGGGGGCCCGACCGCAGAGUGCGCGGGGGUGUCCCCAACUGUCUCCUCGUCGGGCACGGCCGCGGCCGCGGAGGCCCGCCUGGAGGCGAGCGAGGCGAAGAGGAAACGAGAGGCCAGCGCAGAGAAAAGUCAGGCCGAAGGGAAACCCGCGGCUGGAGGAAGUGAGAGGCGCGGCGAAGCGAGCAACAAGGCUCGAAAAGAUCCGCAGGGGGCACAGUCGGGGGCUGAGAACGGGGCGCGAGAGGGCAAGAGCGGGCGAGUCUCUGGCCCGGCGGCCGGAACUCGAGGGCUUGCGCAGGUCGACGGUGCGGAGGGCGAUGGAAAAAGAAUGUGGAAAGAAGAUAACGACAAGCCGAGAGAGAAGGCCCCCACGGCGGCCUCUGCAGGACCGAAAGAGUCACCGGGUGCUGCUGCGUCUUCGUCUACCGGGAAAGAAAGCAGUGAAGAGCGAGGGCGGGCAGACGCGAACCCCAGGCCGGCGACGCUUCCUUCAGACAAGCAGGGCGGCAAAGACGGCGCUGGAGAGGACGCUUCGCCGCCCGUGAAAAGCGUUGUGAAUGAAAAGGGCGAGGGCGGAGGCGACGCGGGGGCACAGAGUAACCCGAGAGCGAAAAGAGAGAGAGAGCGGCAGACGGAGGGAUGGGAUGCAGGCUCAGCAGCGAAGAAGCGGGAAACCCAGGACGAGUCGUCGCCGAUUACUCACACACUCCAGACAGAAAAAGGCGCGACGUCGUCGGCGACUGGGGGCCGCAUCUCGUCGCGCUCGCCGUCUCGAAGCAGGAACAAGCCGGGCGGGAAAGAGGGAGAGUCGUUUUCCAAGGUGGACGAGAAGAAGCCAGGCGCGAGGGGCGACCACGAACCGAACGAGAGGAAGUUGUUUUCGUCGAAGGCUUCUUCUGAAGGCCGCAGCAGCGGGGACUGUAGCUCUCAGAGAGGCGACAAGCAAGGGGAGGGCGCGGGAAACCCAAACAGCGGAGGGCGCCGACCCUCGUCGCACACUUCGUCGGCCUCUUCUUACGCGAGCUCCGGUCCCAAGCACGCUCAUGGAAAGCCUGGCAAGAACGGCGCCACGGGAUUCUCUGGAGCGGGACCGCAAAGCCAACACUUUGCUUCUUCGGGAGGGAGCGGUGCGGGCACCUUGCAGCCGCAGGGCGACCGGGACGACCGCGGAGGCGGAAACGGAAGCAGGAAUUCGUCUUUCGGGGCAUCUCCGCCGCGUUCCUAUGCUGUCUCCUCAGGCUUGCACGCCGGCGGCGAGAGGGGGGGCGGCGGGGCUCCGCUGCCUCCGCCCUCGGGCCCGAGCAAGUGGGGCCCGCACGGGCUCCCCCAGGGAGGGCCUUCUUCGGCGGGGCACCCGAGCGGCCCCCCGGGGCACCACCACCAUCACAACUCUUCGUCCUUCUAUGGCGCCCCGCCGCCGCCUUCGGCCCUGCGUUCUAGCGGCCACAACAACGUCAACUACUCGGGGCCGCCUCAAUACGGCCAAGGUGGCAAUCCAAACACGUACGGCGGCGGGCCUCACGGCAACGCACAGGGGCACCAGGGCCCGUUGUCUGGCCCCGGAGGCCCGCAGGCGCGGAAUGCGCUCUUUGGUGGCCCCAAGGGGCAGCACUCGCACAGAUCAGGCGGAGGCGGUGGAGGCAAGGGCCCGCAGGCGCACCAUAGAUCCAGUCACCAUUAUCAGAGAUGA